CGCUUCGGAUGGGGGGGAUGGGCGCAGCCUGUGUCGUAAACAGCAGUCCGGUGUUGUCGUGGUUGCGACGAGAAAUGCACCUACGCUGACGCGCUGGUCGUUGUUUAACGCCGCCGGCGGCCUCCACGCAUUGGCCAUUGACGCUCGGUAGCUGUCGUCAUCCGAGCCGGCAGCGGGUGCGGCGGCGAUCGCGCUUGUUUUCGUCUGCGGCGCGAGAGCAGACGACGACGGCGUCAUGUCGGCCACGGCUUCUCCGCUCGCGGGAUGCCCGGACGUCUCGUCCUUCCCGCCUUCGUACAGCGAAGCCACCCGGCAGCACGCUUCACUGGGCGGUGGACUGAGCUUCGUGGAUUUCUUGCCUUACUGCAUCAGUUCGGGCGGCCUCUUCAGCACGCCGACGUUCGAGCCGUUCAGGGUGCUGCUCCAACGUGCCAAUGACUGGCUUAAGGAGAACUGCACCUGGGAAGUGAAGACAUGCGAGAGCGUCGAGUUCAAGACCUCAUCCGAGGUGGUCAACACCGAGCGCAUGACAUACUAUGAGUACGGCGAGCAGAGCACCCGCUACGUGCGCAGUCUGAGGCUAUGGCUCGUUCCACGCCUCGACCAGAGCCGACCUGCACAGCAGCUGGAGUACCGCAACCUGAUCCCGCAACAGACGGGCCAUGCGGGGCUGUUCGGAAUGCCCACAUUCGAGACACUGCACGAACUUCUGGAACGCUACAACCAGCAGCUCAUGCACCAGCCUGCACCAGGGCGGGUUCUGGCGGUGGAGACGCAAGAGAUGAAGAUCCCCAGCUACUCAAACUUCGACCCCGACCGGUCGUACUGGUCCGAGUAUGGCGGACGCAACCGGCACUUCCUCUUUGUGGUGCGGGUCUUCUACGAGCUUGGCUCAACGAGUUGCGAGGAAAUCGGCGUGGCAGACUUUGUGCCCCUGCGGCAGUCGACUGGUGGCCUCUUCUCGUUCCCGAGGUACGAGCCGUUCUGCAACGUCAUCGGCCGGGCGGCCCAGUGGUGCUCCCAGCAGGGCUCGUUGCGUUUCUGCAACGCCCAGUCCCUCGAGAUCAAGCUGAAGUCAGGCACCAUGGUGGACACACAGCGCAUGUCGUACACGGAACACGCGGAGCGGACCACCUUCUUCGUACGGGUGUUGAGGGUGGCCUACAGCAAGGAGCCCGUGCCCAUAGAAGGGGGACUGCCCCCUUCCCCUCCCUUGGCUCUGCACUGCAAGACCUUCAUGCCGCUGCAGCUGACGCGCGGAAUCUUCGUGCCCGAGUUUGAGAGCCUGUCGGCCACCAAGAAGCGUGUCGAGGCCUGGAUUAGGGCCACCGGCGCUCGUGUGCUGAGCUGCGAGACAGUGGCCAUGCGCUUGUUCACCGGCGGUGAAGCCCACGCCGGCAUCGAGAGCAGCUUCACGUACAACAACGGCAACCGCAGCGAGUACUGGAUCUUCGUACUGCGCGUGUACCUGGACGGGUCCUACCAGGAGCCGCCACAGGAAGUGAUGCCCCCUCCGCCAGAGGUGCGCGACGUCGGCUGCUGCGCCAUUCUCUGAGCCGCUCCUAGCUUCGCUGCGUGCUUCGCCUCCCCUGUCUCUAUCUUCGUGACAUUCUCCUAGUGUAGGCUGCAUACGUUAUCUAGUGAAGUCUCGGGGGCACCCUGCUAGUAUCUGUGUUUAGGCAUUUCCCGGACACACUGCGUGUUCCUGGUGGGUGUAACGUGUCUUGUCAAAUGCGCCCUCACGUCUGCCUUCAGCCGGUAGGCAAACCUUUUCUGCCGAAGCUCUCUUAUCUCGCCUGGCAUCUUCUGGUGGACACAUCCGACCUCGAGUGGGGCGACUUCGGGUGCCUCUGCUUGCUUGGUGUGCGGACAAUGCAUUUUGUUGGAUGUGCCGUUAAACUAGCGAGUGUGGAAGCGCUAGGCCUGCUUAUCUCAUCAGGAACAUCUGGGCAUUACUGUGGUGCCUGCAGAGAGACUUAACGGUGCCUCUCUGAUGUGGCCAUUCUGUGUUCUGCUAGAUCUGUGCUGUCACACUUAUCCUGUGUCCAAGGGAGCCUUUUUGGGAAGGCACAUUCUGUUGCCAGGCAUCUUUGCCCGGUGAAUAACUUGGUGGGGACUUGCGUGCCCGCCUGGCACGGACAUUUUACCUUGUUGAACCUACAGAUACAUGCAGUGCUACCCUAUGGGAACACGCUUCCGGUGCACCUUAUCUCAUCAUGCAUAGCUGAGCAGCCAUCUGGUGCGCAAGUGUGGCCUGGUACUUGGUUCCCAGCCUGCUUUCAGUGGAGUGACUGUUUUUCAUAACGAUUGCCCUUGCCUUGUGCCCCAGAUGGCAUCCUUUUGUUGUGUACUGUAUUAUCGAAUAUGUUUGCAUAGUUAUGUAAAGCUCUAUGUGCCUUCAGCCACUUAAUGUCACUCUCUCACUAAAAAAUGCACUGUUUGAAACAUUUCUUAGCGCGUUCACAUGUCUUGCGAGAGAUAAGCAGCCUGUAUAGCUUUGCCAGCAGCAGCAGCAACUCUUACCAGCAACCGCGUGUAAUGCAUUUCUGACGUGUUUUUAGUGUGUGUAUUCACUCCGUACAAUUACUGCCCGGAAACCCCAACAGAAAUGCAUUCCGUAAUGUCACAGGUGUGUUGUGGUAUGCAUCUUGGCUAUAACAUUGCGGUUCUUCCAUGACUAAACCUGGACAUGUUGAUGCGAGGCACUGUCACACUUUUGGCCACAAAAGUUUACGGGACACAAGUUUCAUGACAUAUGUGAAAUUCUGUGCUGUUAAGGCCUAGUGCUUCUAAUUUAUUGAAUCACCAUGUCGGUCACAAAAGCUAAUGCAGGCUGCAACUUUGAAUUCGAGGCUGUGUGCCAAGACUUCGCAGGAAUUUAGCUUCUUUCUGCAAAUUCCAUGUCCCAUAAACUUUUGUCACCAACUCUACAUUGGAGAGACGCUCGACAAUGUUUCUGUCUUAGUUUAGAGCAGCUACCCUCCUCUGUGCCACUUGUUUGUGGUAUAGCAUUUACCGAUGCCUCGUAUCACAAACUUGCGUGUUCUGGUGUUUGCUGGUCAUCUGGGAAAUGGAUCCCAAUAUGCUGGUGCAGUAUUAAGCUGCAGCCUUUCCCGCCUUUGGAAAGCUCAGUACCAGACGCAGUUUCACAGAUUUGCUCAUGCUGCUCACACAGAUUUCACAGAUUUGCAACCUGCAAAUGACAUUUGCAUUAAUGGCUGGUCCCGGUGAAAACAGCAUGUGACAGCUUGCAUGAACCAGUGAUAAAACAUACAAAGGGAAGAUCAGGAUAGGUACUUAUAAAAAAUGCGGCCACAGAAAAAAAAAAAAAAAAGUUUAUAACAUGCUGCAGAAGGCAUGCUCAUUUUCUCACACACUUUUUAGCUGAUGCAAAUGGUGCAAAAGUUUAUUCACAUUGCCUCUAAGAACCACGUUAUGUGGCACCAAGCUUCUAGUAUUCUAGUAGUAGCAGGAAGUUUCUAGUAGCUGGUAGAUUCUAGCUGGCCCCCAUAUUGCUUUGGCGUUACCACUUAAACGCAUUGCAGCGUAAAGCGCUGCUGAAUGUCAUAAUGAUUGUCAUUAUCAUCCGAUUCUAGACAGCUUCUUGGCAAAGCCUAGGAUGCUUGUGUACGUUGCAAUUCUUAUCUCAUCAGAAAUUUCUAUGCGCACUGAUAAUGUUGUAACAGGAGGUUUCUUUCACAACGCCAUCUGAAUCGGUGGUGCAAACUUGUUAUCUCUGCAGAUGUUUACUGUACACUGCCAGCUAGGACUUAAUGCGCAACAAGCCAUAUUUUGACAUGACCUCUGGGCCAACAAGAACUGGUUUUUACCAUGCAAACGUUUACGUUGGAAUGGUUUGGUUGAUAUACCUAGAGUCUAACGUUUCUGAGGCUGUAGUCUCAGAUUUAGUGAUACAGUCAAACGUUUAUAAACAUACACGGAUAUUACGAAUUAUGGGAUAUAACGAAGUAAACUUAAAAUUUUUUUCUUUUACUGAUAUCAGCGUGUACGCUUAUAAGGAAUAUUGGAUAUAACGAACAUAUUUUCGUGUCGGGUGCGACUUUGUUAUGAGAUUUGACUGUACAAACUUGCGUGUUCAUGCUUAUGGGAACAUUUUCACGUGGUCGACUUUUUUGACAUCUCGCGAGAUGUGCUUGUAGAGUUUUAUCAUUUCCCAUCUUGCCGAACAAACGCUCCAUCACUGUGGAUAGUGACGCCAUCGUGCAUUGCUAGUUUUCGCUUCGCUUGCACAGUAGUUAUUGCAAAGAUUUAUCACAGUCAAUUUUUUUUGUCAUUGUUAGCAGCGGUUUGUGCUACAUAUGCUUCAGCACUCUUGCCCAAUUAUCAUCUACCGUAAGUCAUGUCUAAACCUCACUUCAUAUUAUCUAUAAGACUGUUGCUGCAUCAUUAAGAUUUUACGUUACCAUGGGUGCUGUACACCAGACUUAUAUGUUACGUGUAAACUUCUACCGUGUUCUCGUCUAGUAAGACUGAAGGAAUAUGCCUUUUUUGUGUGAACAGUGUUGUCCUCAACUUUGUGUUGUGUACAUUGCGAGAAUGGAUGUCAUAGUUCCUGUUUGGCUUUGAGUUAUAUGUAACCACAAUUCCUGUAGAGUGAAGAAGUCUGGUCCAUUGUCUUUCAGUUUUAGAGAUUCCUGUUCUUAUUUACGACGGGGCCUAGGUGGUGCCUGAUUACAGAUUAUGCAGACGACGUGACAGCAAAUUACCAUGCAUUGUUACAGACAAAAAAAUAAAAAAAAAAUGGAAAAGAUAGUUUCAUUUAUUCAAUCCUUCUGUCAUAGCAUAGUUUAGUCAAUGACAGCUAAGGCAUGCAGGAGAAGCUCCUGUAUGCCUUUAUGCUAACCCAUGUCGUCUGAGGCGUUUUUUGGCAGGACACACCACUGUGGUGCGGUCACACACUGACACCACUACUACGACUUUCCCGACAGUUCUGUUCGAAAGUAUCGCAGAGAAUUCGAAUUUCGGACAGCAAAAGUGGAAUGGUAGCACCUGCGUAACCGACUUACUUAAGUUGCAACGGUAAAGAAAAACUGUUCUCGUUGAGCGAGCCAUAUGUUCUUUGUUUGCAGAUAGAAGGAAACUUUGGCACAAAUAUCUUGUUAUUCAGCCUCUGUUAAGGCACUCAACACUUGCGCCUUGUCGUUUACAUCUCAUUGGUGCAAAUGGUUUCACUACUGCGGCCAAUUCAUGCACACUGACCGCAGAGAAUUAUAGCAUACUGCCACUGGUCUACUGUUACUAGUAUACUGUACUGGCCACCUGCCAGCUUUUCACGUGCUAGCUAAUGUUGAGGGUGGAGGGGGCAACAAGCAGCAUCGUCUUUCUCUCAACUAUGCCUCGUAUUUUUUUUAAGAGUGAACCAUUCUUUUUUAGUCAUGUGCAAAGUUUAUUGUGCAACUCUGAGCACUGUUCACCUGUAUGAACAAUCGUAGCUCCAAAUUACUUUUUUUGUGGCAUAUUACUGUCUAAACUAUGUGGUGUACACCCUUGUAGUUUUUUUAACCAGAACGCAUGUGCAUUGGCCACAUGGCAUGUAAUGCCUUAUGACGGCGAGAGAGGCAAUACUAUGUGCAAGCGCACAAAGCAAUCUCCUGUUCGAAUGUCGUCUGCUACGCUGUUUGUUUCAAAAGUACACACGCCCUUGCCUUUGUGAUAAUGUGAGGCCAUAUCAUGUAACGUCACGAAUAGCCAGGCCACACAGCUACAAGUAUUUGCAGUCAUUGCUUCGCUCCUGAUUUUCUUAAUUACAGUAAAGCCUCGUUAAUAUGUACUUGGCGGGGAACGUGGAUCAGGUAGGCACUGAGCGAUUUAGCAUGAGCGGUUAUAGACUUACCGGCCCAAAAAACAUGUUAAUUCUUACUCAGACACACACGCAGACAAGUUUUUUUACAUAAUAGCGUAGCAGACGAUGCUCCCAGCGGAGAUUGCACACUGUCACCUAUCUCGCCGUAAUAAGGUGCUGACAUGCCAUGUGGGCAAAGCUUGCGCAUUCUGGUUAAUUACAAGGGUGUACAUACAUGUAACAUGACUUAAUUAGCAAGCACAAAGCUGGCAGGUGGCCAAGGCAGUAAUAGAAGAGUGACGGAGAUACAUAUUAAAAUGCUAUAGUGACAUUAUUAAAAAAUGAUUGAUUUGUAUAGUGGCCACAGAUCUGCCUAUGUGUUCAAGCUGCUUUGUCACCUCGCUGGUGCUUUCGCAGAUGUUUUCAAAUCUCUGAAUAUUGCCACGUGUUUUGCUUUGUAAAGUGUGCGUGAACUACCCGAUAUUUUGUUUGAGUUAUGCACACCAAGGCGUUUUGCAUGGAAAGCUGUUGUAUACAAAUGUGUAAUUGUCAUUUUAGCAGCAUUGAGAGUAUUACAGAGCAAGUGCCGUUUUUCGUUGAUUGGAAAAUGUACUUAUAUGUCAAGCUGCUGGUUGUUCAGUGCAGAACAGUAUGCGUGUUAAACAGGUGGAUUCAAUAAAGCGCUUUUUGUUGGGUGCUA